AUGUUGUCAAUUGCCACCUUUGCAUCGGCACGCGCCAUGGCGCGUGCUGCACCAAAAUACUCGGCGGCACUUGCCAUGGCAUCUAGUCGUCACUUCUCCAUGUCGACGCGCCUUCUCGGAAUUGUCAAGGUGCCUGAGAUGGCUGAGUCGAUUUCAGAGGGUACGCUCAGUGCUUGGCACAAAAAGGUGGGCGACUAUGUUAAUGAGAGUGACGAGGUCGCCACUAUUGAGACGGACAAGAUUGACGUGAGUGUCAACUCGCCAGAGUCUGGUGUAAUUACCGAGGUCUUUGCUCAGCCAGAGGACAAUGUCGAGGUGGGCAAGGACUUGUUUAAGAUCGAGCCAGGCGAGCCCCCCAAGGAUCAGCCAAAGGAGGAGCCUAAGAAGGAGGAGUCGAAGCCGGAGCAACCCAAGGAAGAGCCUAAGAAAGAAGAGCCUAAGAAAGAGGAGCCUAAGAAAGAAGAGCCUAAGCAAGAACAGCCGAAGCAGGAGCCCAAGAAGGAGGAGCCCAAGAAGGCUGCCGACAACCAGGCUCAGGAACAGGUCCCCAAGGCUGGUGCACGCACCGAGUCGCGUGUCAAGAUGUCACGCAUGCGCAAGCGCAUUGCUGAGCGCUUGAAGGAGUCGCAGAACACCGCUGCUUCGCUCACGACCUUCAAUGAGAUCGAUAUGAGCCCCUUGAUGGCAUUCAGGAGCCGCCACAAGGACCGUAUCUUGAAAGAGACCGGAGUUAAGCUUGGUUUCAUGGGCGCCUUCUCGAAGGCAUGCGCCCUGGCUCUGCGCGAGAUCCCUUCGGCCAACGCAAGCAUUGAGGGCGAGGGUCUCGGUGACACGAUUGUGUACCGCGACUAUGUUGACCUUGGUGUGGCAGUGAGCACCGAAAAGGGUCUCGUGACGCCCGUUGUCCGCAAUGCUGAGAGCAUGAGCAUUCUUGAGAUUGAGCAAGCCAUUACAGAACUGGGUCUCAAGGCGCGUGACAACAAAUUGUCGCUGGAAGAGAUGACUGGAUCGACGUUCACGAUCUCGAAUGGUGGCGUGUUUGGUUCUCUGUUCGGAACUCCUAUUCUUAACCUGCCUGGCUCGGCUAUUCUGGGUAUGCAUGCCAUUAAGGAGAAGCCGUGGGUCGUCAACGGCAAGGUCGAGGUCCGUCCUGUCAUGGUCGUUGCUCUGACAUACGACCACCGUCUUCUCGACGGCCGUGACGCUGUGACGUUCCUUGUCAAGCUCAAGCAGUACCUGGAGGACAUGCCAACUAUGCUUCUGUAG